AUGUCCUCGACGGACCUCAAGGACGGCAGCAGCAGUUCAUCGCCCACCAUGGACAAGUACCCCGCAGCGGUGCCAGACCUCCUCGGAGCUCUGCGCGCCCUCAAAAUCGCCAACCCAAAGGCCACUCGCUCGUCGGUCCACAUCUACCCGGCUUCCCUUUAUGCCCCCAAGGAUCCCACAGCCCACGAUCGCCGUAUAACCAGCUGGAAGAUGACAGAACACAUGUACUUUAAAAAGGACAACGGGUUCCCCACUCUCGCACGCGGUCUCUUCACAGAGCACGUCACUCGCCCCGCGGACCAGGUGCCAAAGGCUGCCCUCGAGACGUUCCCCGCCGGUACCGCCAUCGAGGAGCGGAUCGUUGCCAGGGGUUAUGACAAGUUUUUCAACACGGACGAGAUGGCAUGGACUAGCUGGGCCGCGAUUGAGACGCACUCGCAGGCGCCGUACCACUUGACGCUCAAGUCGAACGGCUGUCUCAUCAUGAUUGCGGCCUUGUCACCUACACAACUAGUGGUGGCAUCCAAGCACUCGCUCGGCACCACCAUUGAGGCAGAGGCCACUGCCGACGGCGUGGCAAAUGCCCUCAAGGAGGUCAAGCUCGACAAGGAGCAGAAGAAGGAGAAGGCCGAGGAUGCCAAGGAGGAGAGCGAGUCCAAGACCCACGCUGCCGUUGGGCGCGAGUGGGUGGCUAGGACUCUUGAGGCAAGCGGCAAGACUUCCGAGGAGCUCGCUCAGCGCCUCUGGAAUGAGAAUGUUACCGCGGUUCUCGAGCUCUGUGACGACUCGUUUGAGGAGCACGUUAUCGCGACCCCAGACUACUGGACCGGUCUCCAUCUGCACGGCCUCAACUACAACACGCCCCACUUUGGCACCAAGACCCCCGAGGAGGUGGCCGACUUUGCCAACGAGUUCGGUUUCAUCAUGACCAAGCACGUCACUCUCAACUCUGUCGCCGAGGUCAAGGCGUUUACCGACGAGCUCGCCAAGACUGGUUCGUGGGAGGGUGACAUGAUUGAGGGCUUUGUGGUUCGCUCCACGGUGCGUGCCGUCGAGGGCGAGGAGGCCACUCGCCCGCCUUACCGUCCUGGUGCGCCCUUCUUCUUCAAGGUCAAGUUUGACGAGCCCUACCUCCUUUACCGCCAGUUCCGUGAGACCACCCGCGCUCUCCUCCCUCUCAUUUCGACCCCGGACUUGACUCCGGUCCGCGAGGCUGAGAUCUGGAAGAAGGUGCGCGCAAAGACCCGCCGUCCCGAGGUUGGCGUGUAUGCCGAGUGGUGCGGACGUAUGCUCAAGGAGGAGCCGUCCCUGUUCGACAACUUUGACCGCGGUGUCGUGCGUGUGCGUGAGCGCUUCCUCGCCUAUGUCGACGGUGAAGGCAAGGCAACGUGGGAACUGGCCAAGGCCGGCAAGUGGAAGGCCGGAGCGACCGUACAGGCCGAAAAGGACAAGGCCACCCGCGAUGCCGAGAGGGCCAGCUUGCCCAAGAAGUGGAUCCUCGUUCCUGUCGCUGUCCCAGGAUGUGGCAAGACCACCAUUGGUAUUGCUCUGAACAAGCUCUUUGGCUUUGCGCACACGCAGAGCGACGACGUUCUCUCCAAGAAGACUGCACCCACGUUUAAGAAGAACAUUGUGGACUGCUUCAAGUCGACUGACGUUGUCUACGCCGACCGCAACAACCACAUCCAGAAGCAUUAUGACGAGCUCUCUGGUCUGCAAGAGGAGAAGGCUUUCCAAAAGACACUCAAGCCCUACAACGUCCGGCUUGUCGGUAUCACCUGGGACAUUGACCAGAGGCCAUACCACCGUCUCUUGCGACUGUGUUCCGAGCGUAUUGUUGGUCGUGGCGAGAACCACCAGACCUUGCGACCAGACGCGACCGUGGACGCCGAGCACGAGGCUGUCGUCUCGUCCUUCCUCCACCACUUCACCACUCCCGACCCCACCAUCUUUGACAAGCAGAUCAUUGUCAGCGUCGAGGACGAGCCACGAGCGGCCCUCGGCACUGUUGUGUCGGGCCUUGUCGACAUUCUGGGCCUCGCCAUGCCCACCGAGCAGGCGAUCGAUGACGCCCUUGCCUCUGCCCAGGGCUACCAAACCACUACCCCGUUCCAUGGCCUCGCCCGUGUUGGCAAGCCCGUGCGGUACUUUGGCCUGGCCCCCGAGAUUGACAUCAACGUUGUCGUCGACGAGGCGCUCGCAUCUCCCAUGCCGCAAGAGGCGGCCGACUCGGCGCGCGCCUUUGUCGCCGCAUUGAGAGAAAAGGGCCGUGUCACUCUCAAGCCGCACGUAACGCUCUCGCACGAGAAGAACGUCGAAGCUGAGAAGGAGGCUGCAGAGGAGGGAGCACCCCCCGGCCCUCAGACUGUGGCGUGGAACACGUGCAAGGCGUUGGCAGAGGCCCGCAUGUCCCCCAUGUACGACUUUGACGUGACCCACGUCGUGUGGGAUGACCGCGUCAUGGCGCUCGUCGUGGCUGGUAUCCGCCCUCGUCCAGACACGGCAGCCGUCGUGGACGGCGCGGUGGGCGAGCAGCGCGAGUCGGCUGUCCCCCUUGUUCUUCCCCACGAGGUUGAGGCCAACCUCCACGUCACGGUCGGUACGCAGGAUGAGGAAGUCUCUGCCUUUGAGUCGCGCGGCGUCGUGCGCGUGGCUCGUGAGGCGAGUGCUCGGGGUGUGAGCAGUGGCGAGGGUGGCGAGGCCGUUGAGGGUGGAGGUCCCGUGCACUGGGUCUCUGUGGGUCCCAUCCUGGGUGUGGGCCGUGUGAGGGGCAUGUACUAG